UUCAGAACUGACCAUCUCAAUCCCAGUACAUCACAGCCCAAUCAUUUCUCACACCAGAUCAGAAUGCACAGUCACCCUGAUGGCCUCAAGACACAAUACAUCAUCUCCACUCACCUGCAAGAUUCCUGUCUUUUCCUUCCUUCCCAGGGAGCUGUCAUUCUGUGAUAUCCAGUGGGUGGCACAGACUAAUAGACCUAAUAAAUACACCUUAGGGCAUCAUGCCAAAGUGCUGAGGUCCCCAUACCAUAAACUCUUUACUCCUGGCAACCUCAUUUAUCACAGAUGCCUGAUUUCCAUGCAGUCAUAAUGGAAAGAGAGCGAGAGAAAGAAUAUAAUAAAAGAAAAGAUGUGACACUUUUCCAGCCGCUUUCUUGACUAAUCUGUUUUCUUGUUUCUUUUUCCUUUUACAGAUAUUUUUCUACCUGAACAAGAAGGAAGUUUAGAAGUUCCAACUAAAGACGAAAGGAUGAGAAAGUGAGCAACAGUGAAAAACAGAGCUGGAGGGAGCCAAAGGGCAACUGGGAGACAGUCGUCUACAGGGACAAAAAAGGUUUGCCAACAUUUAUCAGGAAAAGACUAAAGAUGGGGACGAUUUUGCAUCUGAUGACUCUGAUGAUCUUCUCCUAGAAAAGCACCACGCUGGUUGUCUGGUGCUGUUUCGCCAUUAUUGUCAUAUGAGCAGUCCUUGGAGAUUUUUCUAAUUCCUUUAUUUAUUUCUUCUGGAUCACAUUGCUUUUUUUCUUUUUUCUUUUUUUCUUUAACAAGGAACUCGAAGCAACUCUUCACAAUGCCCCAGCCAUUCAGGACAGCCCUUUGUUCACUCCUUUGUGUCACUUUGUUUUUUCAUGCCUUACCUCAGGUAAAGGCAGACUGUUGGCUUAUUGAAGGAGAUAAGGGCUACGUAUGGUUGGCGAUCUGCAGUCAGAACCAGCCGCCCUAUGAAACCAUCCCUCAGCACAUCAACAGCACGGUUCAUGACCUUCGCCUCAAUGAGAACAAACUCAAGGCAGUGUUCUUCAGUUCUCUCAGCCGCUUUUGCAAUUUGACUGACCUGAACCUCACCAAGAAUGAAAUUUCCUACAUUGAAGAAGGGGCAUUCUCCGGCCAGUCAAACCUGCAAGUUCUGCAGCUUGGGUACAACAAGUUGACCAACCUAACGGAAGGCAUGCUACGUGGCUUGGGGCGUUUGCAGUAUCUCUUUGUGCAGCACAAUUUGCUUGAAGUGAUUGCUGCCAAUGCCUUUUUUGAAUGCCCCAAUUUAAUAAGCCUAGAUCUGUCCUCUAACAAACUUGUGCGGAUUGACCCUUCAACCUUUACAGGACUAAGUCGUCUGAUGGUAUGUGAAUUGGCCGGAAAUCCCUUUCAUUGUUCCUGUGAGCUGUAUAGUUUCCUAGUCUGGCUGGAGGCCUUUAACAAUGUGACACGUAACUAUGACCGUCUGCAGUGUGAAACACCACCAGAUUUUUCAGGGUAUCCUUUGUUAAGUCCACGGCCUGGACAUGGUAGGAAUGCAAUGUCCAUUUUGUCCUCCAUGUGUAGAAAUGGAGCCCUUAUACCUGGUAUGCCUACCAUGUCUUAUUCUGAUCCCAGAAUGGAUCUCUAUGAAAAUUCUGGCACUGAUCCCGAUGAUGUCAUUUUGCUGGAACCCACAACCUCUUCCACUAUGGACCCUACUGUCAACCCUAGUAUCCAGGUUCAUCAAAUAACUUCUAACACAGCCACUUUGGUGGUGCAGAUCCCCUUCCCCUAUAGAAAGAUGUAUAUCUUGGUCCAAUAUAACAAUAGCUAUGUUUCUGAUGUGAUGAAUUUAAGAAAUAUCAAAGAAUUCAUCAUCCUAGACAAACUAAAGUCCCAUACGGAUUACACCUUCUGUGUUGCUUCCAUCCGUAACUCACAGCGCCACAAUCAUACGUGCAUUACGUUUACUACUCGUACCCAAACUCCAGACGAGAGUAUCCCUAAUGCUUCUACCACUACUCACUACAUCAUGACCAUUCUGGGAUGCCUCUUUGGGAUGGUCAUAGUGUUAGGAGUAGUUUAUUACUGCCUACGGAAACGGAGAAUCCAAGAAGAAAAGCAAAAAUCUAUGAGCGUCAAAAAGACCAUUUUGGAGAUGAGAUACGGCCCUGAAGCCGCAGCCAGUGCCGGCUCAGAACCGAUCAGCUCAAUUGUUCAGAAACUGCAUGAGCACCAACAUCACCAUGGGCAGCCCAAACUGCUGUCGUCUUCUUCCAGCAGUUCAAUGGUUGGUGGACAUCCAGUGUCAUCAAACACCUCUACAUCCCGACUCUCUGCCAUUCCUCAAGCUGAGAAGACAGUCAGCUCUUUCUCGGAAGCUUUGUCAGCAACCAAAGGAAACUACAUGGACAUUCGAACUAGCUCCAUCGGGGACUCAACAGAGAGGUCUCACCAGCACCGCUCUAUGUCAGUUGAGGAAGAGACACCGGGACAAGAUGAAGAUGACAAUGGCUGUGAUGUGGGGGAUGACUCAGAAGAAGAUGGCAAUGGCUCAGCCUCUGAGAUUUCAACAAUCGCUAAAGAAGUGGACAAGGUCAACCAGAUCAUUAACAACUGCAUUGAUGCCCUGAAGCUGGACUCAUCUGGUUGCGGGGUGACAUCGUCUUCUGCCAGCAGAUCUCAAUCAUUGAUACCUAUUUCUUCUGCAGCUUCAGAGACAUGCCCGUCAGGUGUCCAGAUAAUCUCGUCCCCCAAGCUGAGCAUUCCUCCACCCCCACUGGGUGUUCCUUUACCAGAGAGGCCUGGAAUUAGUGGAGGUGGCUUUCUUUCCCCCCCUUAUAGAGAGCCUCCUUCAGGCCGACCUUUGCAGAGGCAACUGAGCGCUGAUGCUGCCGUCGUGGUGAACACCUCAGCCAAGAAGAGAUGCAGCGUCUCCUCUAGUGGCUCCGUUAAAAGUGCACGGGUUUUCAGUCUUGACGUUCCAGACAGAAGCCCAGAUUCCUCCAAGUAUACGGAGAAAGGUAGCCCUUUAGCCUGUGGGGAACCUCUGGAAAGGUUACCACUAAUGGGUUCUGCUGGAGGGACAUCUAGCAUUCAGCAUCUGGAAGUGCGCCCAGCGUACCACUGCUCAGAGCAUCGCCAUUCCUUUCCUGCUCUCUAUUACGAGGGCUCGUCAGAGUCCCCCACCCAGAGAGCCUCCUUCCUUAAACCUCUGACCCGCUCAAAAAGGGACGCUGCUUCCUACUCCCAGCUCUCCCCCAGGCACAACUAUUCGGGAUAUUCCUCCAGUCCCGAAUACUCUUCCGAGAGCACCCUAAAAAUAUGGGAACGCUUCAGGCCAUACAAGAAGAGCCCACGAGAAGAGGCUUCCUAUGUAGCGGCGGGCCACGCUUUGAGAAAGAAGGUCCAGUUUGCAAAGGACGAGGAUCUUCACGAUAUUUUGGAUUACUGGAAAGGUGUGUCAGCUCAGCAAAAAUUGUGACUUUUCCACUUCACAAGUGUCACUGCUAGAACUGGCAGGUUUUUAGACUCCACAGCAAGGUUAGGUUUCCUCCUUAGCUGAAACGAUAAAGGAGCUCUCCAGUUUCUCCAUGGGUCUCUAAUUUUCUAGAUGUGUUUUUAAACAGAGUAAGUUAAAACUUUAUUUUUUGGGAGUGGGGCGGGGGGGAGUAUGGUGGGGGGGAGCCUGGGGCAGAAUUUCAUUUUUUUUAAUCCUAUUAGAGGAACACAUUUGAUGGGGUUGUCUGUUCAGAACCUCAGUUUGUUCCUCACUUGGAUCUUUUUCUAUACCUGCAUGUAAUAUUGAUCACCACAAGCCUAAGGCCUCCAUGGUUGCUGAGAGGAUUACAGGAAGGAAGAGUGUGAGCAUAAUGGAGUCGGGUUUGGCUGGAACCUACCGCCGUAUAACUUUGAGAUUCCUCUGCUUGAAUCAAUAAAAUGUUUGUUCUUCGGAAAGAUAAGAAACUCAAAAAAUGAGAAUUGAAUAGCAGCGUUUUUGCUUGGUUGAAGGCUGAGAGGAUAACAAUGUUGUGUAUCUUCUUAUCGUGACGGCAUCCCUGCAAAACCUACUUUAUUCAAUUUAAAAAAAAAAAAAAAACAGAUCUUGUCUUGAACAUACAAAUCUGACAGCACGUUUCGGUGCUAACUUUGAUAUCCUGGCUGCCUCGACGUCCUUUCACAUUCCAGAUUCAGUGCUGCUCAGGAGAGGAAAGAUAAACCCAAUCGCCUUUUCCCUGUCAUCAUGUCUUUAUUUUAUUCUUGUGUUCUUAUCUUGAUUGCUUGAUGAUCACCAGGUGGGGAAGAUCUAUAAUAGAAAAAGGAAGCAGAUGGAAAUCAGGGAAUCUUGACAGAAACACGUAAAUAGUUGCCUAUUUUCCAUUCAGGUUAUUGGUGGAUAACAAUGUACACCCUCCUCCUUUGCUCCUUUGCCAUCUUGAACUUGGUAUAACAAAAGGAGCAGCAAUCUCCACUCUUGGUUUUCUGCACUUGUUUGAUGAUUUCUUUCAUUUAUUUUGGCCGGAGUUUCAGUAUCUGAGCAAACCUAACCUUGCCAUCCUCACGGCCUGUCACCUCCUUUCUCUUUAUUUCUUGCUUUUUUUUUCUUUUUUUCACCUUGCCACUGCCAAAGGAUGGCAGAUGGCAGGAACAUCACACUAGGCAAAAACCGGUGGUCAACUGUGACAAACUAAAACACACACAAAAAAAAAAAAACAAAAACUGAAAGUUCUCAUAUGUUUACAAACUGGCAAAAGAGCACUAAGCUGCAAAAAGAGCGAGAUAGA